UCCAUACGCGGAGAAGACUAAUAAAUUAAUCUCAACCCUACUUACCUGCCAUCCAUCCACCAUCACCUUCUUCACCAAACUUCCAAAUCUCAACCACAACCUCAACCUGGGUCUCUCAGUUUCAGCCCUUCUCUCCUCUCCUCUCCUCUGCUCUAAGUCUAUUUGCUUUGCUACUUUGCCAUACUUGUUUCUUUGCCAGUUUCCCAAUUCCCCAAAAUAAUAAAUAUAAUCCCCUCUACUGACAGAGCUCCCAUCAAUCUUCAUUUUUAAAUUCUUGGGUUGUUGGUGGGUGCCUCUGGGUUUUUAUUCUUUGCCUCCCAAACAAAGGCAGGCAUUAGAUUUUGUUGGAUUGGAUCUACAAGCGUGAUUUUGGGGAUGGGUCUGUUUUCUGAAACCUGCUAUUAUGGCCUAUCCCUACACAACAGAACCAAGCAUGUCCUUUUAUUAUAGUUUUAUCAUCUAGCUCUCUUUAUCUUUCUCCCUCUUCAAUCAAAGAAAGUAUACUUAUUUUAGUACUUUUUGUUUUUUUCCAUUUUUAAGCUGACCAAUGCUUCCACCUUUGCUUCAAAUGUAGGAGACAAACAGAAAAAAAAGGGUAUGCUUUGUUUUGGUUAGUCAGUAUAUGCAGCUAGUUGGUUCAGCUCUUGUUUCAAAAAUUUAGAGAGAAAAUAUGGGAUCUGGUAAUGGGGUUUAUUCAGUUGGGGAUUUCAAUUUGGAUGCCAAGUGGCUGAUCGAUCCAAAGCACCUUUUUGUUGGGCCGAGGAUUGGGGAGGGCGCGCAUGCCAAAGUGUACGAAGGAAAAUAUAAGAAUCAAACUGUUGCUGUAAAAAUUGUUCAUAGAGGAGAAACUCCAGAGGAGAUUGCCAAGAGAGAAUCACGGUUUGCAAGGGAAGUGGCAAUGCUGUCCAAAGUGCAGCACAAAAAUUUAGUGAAGUUCAUUGGUGCCUGCAAAGAACCUGUCAUGGUCAUAGUGACUGAGCUUCUUCUGGGCGGGACUUUGCGCAAAUACUUGUUCAGUAUGCGGCCAAGGUGCUUGGACAUACGUGUGGCUGUUGGGUUUGCACUUGAUAUUGCCCGUGCUAUGGAAUGCUUACACUCCCAUGGAAUCAUUCACCGGGACCUGAAACCUGAGAAUUUGAUCUUGACCGCAGACCAUAAAACAGUUAAACUUGCGGAUUUUGGCUUAGCAAGAGAAGAGUCGUUGACAGAGAUGAUGACCGCCGAAACUGGGACAUAUCGGUGGAUGGCUCCUGAGCUUUACAGCACAGUUACAUUACGACAUGGAGAGAAGAAGCAUUACAAUCAUAAGGUGGAUGCUUACAGCUUUGCAAUUGUAUUGUGGGAACUCAUACAUAAUAAGCUGCCUUUUGAAGGCAUGUCGAAUCUACAGGCAGCAUAUGCAGCUGCUUUUAAGAAUGUGAGGCCCAGUGCUGAAAACCUUCCUGAGGAUUUGGCUUUGAUCGUAACUUCAUGUUGGAAAGAGGAUCCAAAUGAUCGGCCCAACUUUACCCAAAUUAUACAGAUGCUGCUGCAUUAUCUCUCUACUAUUUCAGCACCGGAACCUGCUAUCCCCCAACGGAUAUUCAGAUCCGAGAACGCUGUACUGCCACCAGAGUCGCCUGGUACUAGUUCUUUGAUGCCUACGCACGAUGACUCGGGUGAAACCCCUAAAACCAACGUGGAAGAGAAGCCUAAAGGUUUUUCCUUCUGCUUUAGCCAGUGUUAUUGAUCCGCUAAAGCCAUAAUCUUGGCUUUGGAGGUUUCCCAUAUUACUCUUAGGAAAGCUUAAUAAAAUCAUGCCCUUAAAUUUUACUAAACUACUAGUCUUAGGGGGUAAGUUUGCCAAAGGAAGCUGCCUUGCCCUACCAUCUGAUGUUAGUGUCAAAUUGUUGGGAUAGGCCUUGACUUUAGUUUGGUCUGAAGGAGAUGAAAUCAAAAGGAAUUUAGAGUUCUGGAGUUGGGGUUGCUGUGAUGUAGUGACAUUGUAAAAAGAAGGUUUCAUCCAAAAGCCUUUUGCUCCUAUUCAAGAAAUCUCUUUUGAGCAUAUCAUAAUCUCAAUCUCUACGACCGUUGACAUUGAGGUCAAACUCUGUAACAAAUAAUGUAUUUUUGUUGCCUUUUCUUCUUGUUGAAAUGAUUAUGUGAGAUAUUUGUGUUGAAA